AUGGCUCCCAUACGUCUUCGACAUCCCAAAGGCGUGUCCACCCUUCAAGUCGAUCUUGAUGGCUCGACUGUUCUAGAUCUGCAACAGCAAAUUUUCUGUGUCACGGAGAUCUCACCGUCUCAACAAGACUUGAAAGCCGGUUAUCCACCUCAGCCUCUUACACUCAUACCCGAGCUCCCAGUCUCCAGCCUGGGCCUAAAGCAAGGAGAUCAGCUUAUCUUGACUCAACGGCCCUCCGGUUCUUCUGUACAAUCGCCAUUCAGAUCCAAUGCGGCUUCUGCAUUACCUUUGGGUGGUCCAGCAUCCGCCAUGACCAGUUUGGCAGCAUCGCAGAUUCCUGACCGGGGUCCAGUAGCUCUAACUGUGGGCACGGGAAAUGAUGCCGGCCCACAUUCCGUGCCUAUGGAAGGCGGUUAUUUGGUCCACCGUAUUGUCCCAGAUGACAACUCGUGUCUUUUCUCCUCCGUCGCCCUCGUUUUCGAGCAAGAUAUUUCGAAGGCGUCUAAAAUUCGAGAGAUUGUUGCAGAUGCGAUCCGCAAAGAUCUUGAAACUUGGAACGAGGCUAUUCUAGGUCGUCCUCGGGAGGACUACAUUGCAACCAUACUCAAGCCCUCUUCAUGGGGAGGCGCAAUCGAGCUGACCAUUCUAGCGGCUCACUACUCCACUGAAAUCGCUUCGAUUGAUGUCGAAACUGGACGCAUUGAUCAAUUCACGCCGUCCUCCGGAAGUAACUCCGGCAAUCGCUGUGUCCUCAUUUAUUCCGGAAUCCACUAUGACGCUGCCAGCAUUGCGCCUACGGCAGAUGCGCCGCCUGAUUUCCACCAGACAAUUGCACCAAUAGUGGCUCCGGGCGACAGUGACCCGCUGUUAGUCGCCGCAAAGAAGCUCGCGGACAUAUUGAGAGCAAAGAGAGCUUAUACAAAUACAGCGACAUUCGACUUGAGAUGUCAAAUAUGUCGAAAGGGUCUGAAAGGCGAGAAAGAGGCACGGGCACACGCAUCGGAAACAGGUCAUGUCCAGUUUGGGGAGUUCUGA